CCUUGCGUUUCCGAUCUCUUCGCAGUAAAAAAAUAUAAUAAAAUUUUAAGUGUUAAAAAUUCACUGUGAAAAUUUGAAAAAUGCUUCAGAAAUGGUUGUCCAUUAGCUUAUGUGUUUGUUGUUUGAUUGACAUCCUAAGACUGGAUGCCUCUCCCAUUCCAUUGGAGUCUUUGUCCCAAAAAGCAACUAACAGCUAUGCUGAUUUCGAAGCUAUGGAUCAACUUAAAACCUCGGCCAGCCCCGUUGCCGAGCCAACACGGGAAUCAAGGCAAUCGAAAGAAGUAACGCCGCCAUAUGAGGUGCUAGCCCCGGCUCCCGAUGAGGAUUUCAACAAAGCCCGCAUGAAGAGAUUUCUGGGCGGAUUGGCUCCGGGUCUUCGUUUAUUUCCGGUAAACGAUGGCUAUGGCAACCCAGCCAAGAUGCGAUCUAGGACCAAGAGUCCGAGAAGGCCCAAGGAAAAGAAGACCAAGAACGCCAAAAAAUCCACCCAAAUGGUUAGGUUUCGGGCAGAAGGGGACAAAGAGGAAACGACAGGUCCGCCAGCACGUCCAAUGGAGCUGACCAUCUCCAUUCACAAGAAAGACAAGUUUGGCCAGUGGGUCUACAAUCCGUGGGGCGCCACUUUCGGCAAGGUGUGGCAGGACACCCGCUUCCACGUGAACCACCAGAGCCGCAUGCCCCGCCUUCACAUCGAUUCGGACCCCGGCAUGAACUACUAUCCCGAUGACGAGGGCAUAAGCACUGUGUGCCUGGGCCGCUCGACCAUCUACAAUAAGCCGCGAAUCAUGAACUAUCUGACGGGCAAAAUGUACCGGUCGCCCCACUCCCAUAGACCCAUUUGGCUAUCCCUCCGCCGGCAGCUUUUCAGGCUGGCCAGGUCGGAGGAGUGUCGAAUGAGCAACCUCACCGAGUGGCUGCCCUAUCAGGAGUGUGCUCUCAGGCGCAACCAGCGGAUGGAGUACAUGAUCCCUCAGUAUCCCAGGCACCAGAUGUAGUUCAUACUUUUUGGAUUUUGUUGUGAUUCCAGUUCCUUAAUAAAUCUGUGCUCCUAUUUUAUUAUAUUGAAAA